AUGAAUCCAAUUCUGCUGUCAGGGCUCGCAGCAGCCAGCACAGUGCUGACAUGGGUCGUGUACAGGGUCGUUAUUGAACCCAGAUUCAACCCGUUGUUGAAGCUGGCUGGUCCCCCAAGUCCUGGCCUCUUUGGGACCAACUUGGCACCAGUACUGAGCCCAACCGUAUCGCCCCGUCUACACGAGGUCUACGCGGAGAACUAUGGCCGGUCGAUGCGGAUACGCGGUGUUGGACCGUGGGACGAACGUCUACUCACCCUCGACCCCGUCUCCGUAGCCUACGUCCUCAAAAACUCCACCAUCUACGAGAAACCAUGGCAAUCUCGCGCUCUCAUCACAAGCCUCAUCGGGUGUGGCAUGCUCGCUGCUGAAGGACAAGUCCACAAACGCCAAAGACGUGUCGGCACACCGGCUUUCUCAAUUCAGAACCUUCGUGGCAUCGUUCCUCUGGUAUUCAAGAAGGGAACAGAACUGAAAGACAAAUGGAUGGAGAUGAUCGAAACGACGGGAGAGGUUAGAGGCUCAGAUGAAAAGGAGAAGAGCAUGGUCGUGGAUGUGUGUCACUGGGUCAGUCGAGCGACGUUCGAUGUUAUUGGUGUAGCUGGCUUCGACUACCAGUUCAAUGCCAUCCAAAACGAGUCCAACGAGCUUUUCAAUGCCUAUAAAGAAAUGUUCGAAAUCGCCAUUUCCCAAGGCGACGGGAUCAUCACCCUCAUUUCAAUUUACGCACCAUGGAUUCACAAAAUCUUCCCAAACCAGGUGUCUAGAACAGUAGAACGAUGUCAGGAGGUUAUUCGACGCGUAGCUGGCCAAAUCAUUCAAGAAAAGAAGCGCAAAAUCGCAGAAGGCGAAGCAUCCGGAAAACCCUACCAAGGCCGUGACCUGCUCAGCUUACUUUUGAAAUCCAACGUCGCCGUCGACCUCCCUGAAGACCAACGCAUCUCCGACGAAGACAUCCUGAACAAUGUCAACACCUUCAUGUUCGCAGGCUCAGACACCUCCUCCCUCACUCUCACUUGGACGCUCUGGCUCCUCGCAAAUAACCCUGAGAUCCAAGACCGCCUCCGUGCGGAACUCCUCGCCGCUAUCCCUGAUACCGAGCUAACCGCGGACAUCUCUUCUCUCAACGAAGACGAAAUCCAAACCCUCUACGGGAUCAUAGCAGAGCUUCCGCUACUUAACAACGUCACUAGAGAGAGCAUUCGGUUGAUCCCUCCAGUACAUUCCUCGAUUAGGGUGGCCACUCAGGACGACGAGAUUCCAACCAGAUAUCCCGUCAAGUUGGCAGACGGAACAAUUGACACGAAGCAGAGCGUAAAGAUUGCCAAGGGGAGCUUCGUUCAUGUCGCCGUGGAGGGAUUCAACUUGGACAAAGAGUUCUGGGGAGCUGAUGCUUGGGACUUCAAUCCGGAUCGCUGGGACGACCAACCAGAAACGGCUCGACAGUUGCCUGGAUUAUACAACAACACGCUCACUUUCUCAGCUGGACCUCGUUCCUGCAUCGGAAUGCGCUUCUCGAUGAUAGAAAUUAAGACAUUCCUCUACAUCCUGGUCACCCGAUUCGUCUUCAAGCCCACCAAAGACAAGAUCAUCAAGUCCAACGUAGUCCUAACGAGACCAUACAUCUCUGGCAAAUACCGCGAAGGAAGCCAGUUACCCUUGAUUGUGACCCCUUACAUUCCCAGUGCUGAGCACUAA